GCGGGGGCGCCGGGAGCGGGCGCAUGGAGCUGCCGGCGGAGGAGUGGCGGGCGCGCGUGCGGCGGGUCUGGGCCUCGCUGCCGGCGCCGCGGCGGGAGGAGCUGAGCCGCCCGCGGCCGCUGCGCGAGACCUUCCUCCUGGCCGCGGCCCUCCUGCGGAGCGAGGACGAGGAGUGCCUGCGCCGCCUGUCCCGGCGCUUCGCCGUGGAGAAGGACCCCCGGCUGGCCGGCUCGUGCAAGCAGGAGGGGAACCGGCGCUUCCGGGCCGGGGAGCACCGGGCGGCCGCCGCGCUCUACUCCAGGGCGUUGUCCCAUACUGAGGCUGGCAGUCCAGAAAUGGCCAUCUGUUACGCCAAUCGCUCGGCAGCUCUUUUCCAUCUUGGUCAGUUUGAGGUGUGCUUGGAAGAUAUCAGAAGGGCGCAGCAGGCCGGAAGCUGCCCAGAGAAGCUUCUCCCCAAGAUUUUGCUGCGGAAAGCUGAAUGCCUCCUGUCUUUGGGCCGAUGGCAGGAAGCGGCAGACGCCCUCCACGGGGUGGGGAAGAGACUGUCUGCAGACCAGAGGCCAGAGGCUGCCCGUCACCGGGUGCUGUUGGGCCGGCUGGAUCAGCUGCGGGUCAGCGCUCUGGAGGAGAGCGGGGCCUUUGACCACCUGCCUGCUGUGCCCGGCCAGGUUGAGCCGGGCCCGGAACCUUGGGAGGAAAGCAGCAGCAUUUCUGGGGCCUCGGUGUCUGUGAGCUUGGGCUUCUCCACAUGCAAAGGGCGCCAUUUAGUUGCUGCCCAGGAUGUUCCUCCUGGAAAGCUCCUAGUGAGGGAAGAGGCUUUUGUCAGCGUCCUCUGCCCCGGAGAAGGCCUCUUGCUUCAAGGGAGCGCUCAGGCCCUGCAGGAUGGGUGCCUGGCCAACACUGACCUCCACUGCCACCAUUGCCUGCACCCACUGCUGGCUUCAGUUCCCUGCCAAGGAUGCAGCUACAGCAAGUACUGCGGUCCUACGUGUGCCCAGCUGGCAUGGAGGAGCUACCACUGGAGAGAAUGUGCCCUUGGGGGACUGCUGCUUGCGCUGGGAGUCUUCUGCCACGUGGCCUUCAGAACUGUGAUGGUGGCUGGCUUUGCAGAGGUGAAGGCUUCAGUCACCCAGUCCCAGGGAGAUGGCGUGGCAGAAUCCACUGCUGCAGAGAGGGGCCCCCACCACAUUCCUGGCUGUGAGACUAACGGACAGUAUGGCGGCUCCUACCGAGCCAUCUUCAGCCUUUUGCCACAUGCCGAUCGACACAGCCCCAGCCUCAGGUUUCUCUGUGGCCUGAGUGUGGCAGCCCUGUGCAGGAAGCUCGGGGAAGCCGGCCUGGAACCUGGGAUUUCAGGGGAGGCCGUGAAAGAAGAGCUGCAGGCUGCGGAGGAGGCAUCUGCCAGGCUGCAAGUCUUGGGAGAGGCCAUGCUGAGGCACAUGCUGCAGCUGCAGUGCAACGCUCAGGCCGUGACCGCCCUCCACCCAUCAGGUCCCGAAGAUGGGCUGGUGGCCGGCAGCAGACAGGUCCGCCUGGCCACGGGCCUUUUCCCAACACUCAGCCUGCUGAACCACUCCUGUGACCCCAACACCAGUGUGGUUUUCACAGGUAGCACUGCGGAGGUCAGGGCUUUGCGCCCAAUUCCUAGAGGGCAGGAGAUCCUCCACUGCUAUGGGCCGCACAGGUGCCACACGGGGGCUGCUGAAAGACGCCGGCAGCUCCUUGCUCAGUACUUCUUUGAAUGUCAGUGCCAGGCCUGCUUGGAGGAACUGCAGCCCAGCCCACCCAGCGGAGCCUCUGCCCCCAAGGCCAGCCUUUUCUGCUGCCCGGCCUGCCAGAUGCCCAUGCAGGGGGAAGGCACGCUCCGCUGUUCCAGCGUGACCUGCAACCAGCUGGUCCCCGAGGAGGACUUCCAUCGUCGACUGCAUGACCUUCAGCGCUUGACCCAGUCAGCUUCGGAGCUCUUGGAGCGCAGCAGGCUGGAUCAGUCACUGGAGCUGCUGCAGAAAUGCCGGUUGGAUGCUGAGAGAUUCCUCUCCCCAGCGCACUUGAAGAUGGGGGAGAUUGAGGACCACCUGGCCCAAGCCUACGCAGCAAUGGGGAGGUGGCCGGAAGCAGCGGGGCACCUGCGCAGGAGCAUCCAGGCUGUAGAAGCCCAUUUUGGCCCUUCCAGCAUAGAAGCAGGCCAGGAGCUUUUCAAACUGGCACAAGUCCUCUUCAAUGGGUGCGUGGCCUCAGAAGCCCUGCGUGCUGUCCAGAGGGCCAAGGCAGUUUUGUCGGUGCACCUGGGGACCCGGAGCGCUCAGCUGCGAGAGCUGCAAGAGAUGAGGGCCUGCCUGGAGGAGCUGCUCCAAACCUCACCGGCAGCCGCAGCCAAGCUGCUGUAAGCAGGCACCACCAGCAGGGAAGAAGCUCCGAGGGCUGACCCCCCCUCUGCCUGCGAAGGGGCCGAAGCGAGGAACUGCCAGGCCUCGGUGCGGGGGGUCACCUUUCAGGGCAGAUGGCUGUCUGGCGCUCCUGCCUGCUGAUUGACGUGGCAGGGUCAGGGAUCUCCUGCCGAUCAGGCGGCCUCCCCCUCUCCCUCCCUGCCCACACAGCCUUGCUGUGAUGCCAGGCCUGGGCCUGUGGCUGACUCAAAGGGCAUUGCCCGUAUGGAAAACAGGCAGCUGCAUUUGUUGACUCAGCUGAGGGGACCUUGAGGGGCAGUGGGAAAAGCGUUUCCUCUUCUCCGCCCCCGCUUUUCCUUCCUUUCUCCCCAGAAUCCCCCCCCAUUUCUCCAUCAGCAACAGGAUGCUGGUCCAAGAGUGAGUCCUCAGACCCCUGAAAAAGUGGCUCGUGAGGCACGCUUAAGGUGGAAGCGCUUUUAUUGGACCAUGUAAGCAAAACCAGCUGCAGGACACAGUCAAGGACCCCCCUCCCCCCGCUUCUGGGGCCUGGGGAAAGCUCUAAGCCUGCUGGGGGUUGACAACCUUUCCGAUGACGAGGAGGGUGCCGGUGUUGUCAUCUUGGACCACAAACAAGAAGGACUUGUUCAGGGCAUAGUCAACGGGGAAGCUCAGGCGUGCGGCCUCUGUGUCAGAGGGAAACGCCGAACUCGUCCCGUCUUCGCCAAGAUCGAAAGCGGCCUUGUGAUGCGCGUCGGAAAGCUUGAUGGCUCUGGGAGUGAUCUUGCUGAAGUUGGGUGCUGAGAAGAGUGCCUGGAGCCCUGCAAGGGAAGAAGGGGGCCGUUACUCUUCCCGGCCGUCUGCUAGAGAACAGGGGAGGAAAAAUGCAGAUGGCAGGCGCCAAGGAGGCUGGCCCCUGAGGGCUGUGGAUGGCUGCUGCUGAGGCUGAGGCCUGGAGACCGAGUGGCCUUUCCGGCCACAGCAGCAAGGAGAGAGCUGCUGUUCGGCCUUCUGGGGAUGGCCGGCCGUAACCACAGUGGCUGCUCCCGUUCUGGCAGGGCAGCCGUUUGGGAACCCUCCCUCGGCCCUACGGAAGGGCUGGGUUUGGCCUCCAGCUGGCAUCCUCA